GAUGCAUUGUACCAAAAACAAUAUAAGAAGAUCAAAUCCGAGAAUAUCUUUUGACCCAUCUGUUCAUCACAAUUAUUUAAUUCUUCAAACCAUCCAUUCACGAUCUAGUCUUUAAAUAGCAGGCCUAUCUGUUUGGUUUGAUUCAUAUUGAUAAAAGAACAAGGAGCUUUUAGAAGCUUUAAGUUUAACUCCCUUUUGCCCAAAUGGCCUCUUCUUCUCCCAGCUUCCCUGAUGUAUGGACCUGGAUUCAGAACCUUCCACCAAUGACUCAAUGGAAAUCAAAUUCCAUGUCCCUAUGCAUUUGUUCUUGUGCUUCUCAGCCUAGUCUCAAAUUAUCCAUAACCAAAUAUCAUCAGUCUUCUUUCAAUUUCUCAAUCCAGGCUGAUUACAAUAUCCCUUUCAAUCUCUGGACCUCUAAGCCCUUAGAUCCUUCUUAUGCGUUGCAGGACAAGAAGAACAUGUCCAAUCUCUGGCUCAACAUUGUUGUUGACAUCCUUAGCUUUUCUCCAAAUGGAUGCCCGCAUUCCCCAAAAUUCCCUAACAUUGAUUCAAGUCCCGAAUUCAGGAAAAUGUUCAAUUUCACUUUUCUGUCCCUUGUAUUCCUCAUUUGCAUCUAUGAAGCUCCUUCUGAGAUCCGCACAGGAUGUCUGAACAUCCUGCAGAAUCAAUUCGCGUGCCCUCGAUCGCGAGAAACUUCGCUGAUGCUUAUGAGGGUGUUAGGAUCAAAUAUUGAAGAGCAAUGGAUGCGUUCAAUAAAUCUGGCUCUCACCAAUUGGAUCAGUGAACUCCAAGGAUCGCGCCACAACCUCAAAUCGCCUUCUCCCCUGUACUCUUACGCGAUUUCAGCAUUCGGGUUGUGGAAAGUUCAGCUGUAUUGCCCUGUUAUUGCAAUGAAUAUCCAAAAUUCCAGCAACUCACCGGAUGAUCGCUUAUUGUUCUCCCUAAACUACCAUCAACUGGAAGGCGUGAUCCAGCUUAAUUACAAAGUCGUAAUCCGCGAGAAUUGGAUCGAAGUGAUGAUGAACACGGACAACAUAAGAUGUGAGGUUAUCAGGCUGAUCAAGGAGACAUUAAUGAACGAAAGGGGAGCCGGAUCAGGCGAAAAACAUUUCCCCUCCCGUAUAUCUCUGCACGUAACUCCAUUGCUGCAUACAAACGUCUUGAGCAUUUCUGUCAGCAAAUCAUCUCAAAAUCCCAUAAGCGAGAUUGGCCUGGAAAAGACCAUUGAAGCUUCAUUGGAACCCACAAGUCCAUUUGUUGGAAUCAAUAUUUCAGCAGGGGAAUCCAUGACCACGAGCUUGAAGCCCUGGAAAUUCGAGCAAUCCGCAUACGGAAACAGCGCAAUCCUGAACUGGUUUCUACACGACACGAGCACCGUAGAUGGUAAAGAAGUUGUUUCAUCAAAGCCUUCCAAACUGGCUUUACUCCAACCAAAAGCUUGGUUCAGGAACCGUAGUACAAAUGCACACAGGCCUUUCAAUAAAGAAGGAGGAGUCAUUUUUGCUGGGGAUGAAUAUGGAGAUUCGGUGUGCUGGAAAGUGGACAAAAGGUCCCUGGGGAAAGUGAUGGAAUGGGAGAUUAGAGGAUGGAUUUACUUGACUUAUUGGCCUAAUAAACACAGGACGCUUUAUUCAGAGACUAGAAGAGCUGAGUUUAGAGAAGUUCUUCAUCUUACACUUGCUUGAUUCAGGGCAUUAUUAUGAAAUGUUGAUGGCUGAUUGUUGGUGUAGAAAUGAUAGGUCUCAUAAACUUUUUCUCAGAAUUUGAUGAAGUGUAAAAUAGUACUCUAUAUGUGGUUUAUUUGAGUAUCUUAGUUGAUUUGCGAAUACAUGCUACCUUUUUUUUCUUUUUCUUUUUUUUUUCCCCUUUUCCAGUGAAAUCCAACAUAAAAAAGUGAAAUUCAUGUGAAGUGACGGUGACUGAUGUACUUAUGUAGGCGAUGAAGG